UCACAUUCACCUCUUACCUUCAAUAUGUCAGCUCCCAUGACGCCAAGAUAAAACCGGAAAAUUUGAAUUGAUAUUAAAACAAGAACAGUUACAAUUCAAUGAUCUCAAUAUACUUAAAUUUGAAAAUAAGUUACAAUGUCUGCAAAAUCUCUUCGCAUAUUAGUUAGUGGUGAUGUUGAUGGAAGAUUUGAUCAACUGUUUGCAAGAAUAAACAGUAUACAGAAAAAGUCUGGAUCAUUUGAUGUUUUGUUGUGUGUUGGCAACUUCUUUGGUGACAAAAAUGAGGAAUGGCAAAAGUAUGCAUCUGGAUCAGUCAAAGUUCCUUUACCUAUUCUUGUUCUUGGACCAAACAGAUCAGAACAUGUCAAGUUAUAUAAGGACAUGAAAGGAGGAGACCUCUGUGAUAAUGUCACUUAUCUUGGUAAGAAGGGGUUAUACAAUGGCAGCUCGGGACUACAGUUAGCAUAUCUCAGUGGAACAGAAUCAGAUAUUAUAUCAGAUGAUACAUGUUUCAAUGCUGUUGACAUCAACUCUCUCAUUGAUCCUGUAAAAAAUGACAGCAAAUUUAAAGGUGUAGACAUCCUGAUAUCAUCACAGUGGCCGAAAGGUGUUGAAAAGUAUAGCAGUGAACAGGAAGGAUUCAGUUCGAACAAUAGUGGGUCGGAGACACUUUCUCAGCUGGCAGUAAAAUUGCGACCUCGCUACCAUUUCUCUGCUCUAGAAGAUGUACAUUACGAACGUCAACCCUACAGAAAUCAUAAAGUCCUGGCAGAACCAGCUAGACAUGUGACCAGAUUUAUCGGCCUAGCCAAGGUUGGAAACAAACUGAAGAAAAAGUAUUUGUAUGCAUUUAGUAUAACACCAAUGUCACAGAUGGAUCCUACAGAACUUGUCUCUCAACCAGAAGAUGUCACAGAAUGUCCUUAUAAGGAAAAAUCAACUCAAGUGGCAGAAAAACAGGAUCAGUUUUUCUAUGACAUGAAAGGAGAUGGUGGUGGGAAGAAGCGAAAAGGUCAAGGUGGGGCAGAUGGUCAACAGAAAAAACAUAAACCUGUUCCCACUGGACCAUGUUGGUUUUGCCUUGGAAGUCCUGAUGUAGAAAAACAUCUUGUAGUGAGUGUUGGUACUGAGACAUAUUUAGCAUUAGCAAAAGGUGGCCUAGUUGCAGAACACAUUCUUAUAUUACCAAUUGGUCAUUAUCAAUCAACUGUCACUUUACCAGAAGAUGUGCUAGAAGAAAUAAACAGGUAUAAAAAAGCAUUAAAGAAAUGUUUUAAGAAACAGGGUAAAGCUGUAGUAUUCUUUGAGAGGAAUUAUAAAACUCAACAUUUACAGAUUCAGGCAGUGCCAAUUCCUCAGGAAAGUGUUCAGGAAAUAAAAGAAACAUUUUUGGAAGCUGCUGAAAGUGACUCAAUACAACUGAAUGAAAUACCUGUACAUUCUGAUAUAAGACAGAUUGUUCAGAUUGGUGUGCCUUAUUUCUAUGCUGAGUUACCAACUGAUGAAAAACUCUACUGUAGAAUCUCUGGAUCUCAAAAGUUCCCACUUCAGUUUGGCAGGGAAGUUUUAGCAAGUCCUGGUAUAUUGGACAUGCCUGAAAGGGUUGACUGGAAAGUAUGUAGUGUUUCCAAAUCACAAGAAGCUUCCAUGGCAACAGAUUUUAAAUCAAAAUUUAAGAAAUACGAUUUUACACUGGAGGAUUGAAGUUGUAAGAACAUGUAUAUGUAUCAGUUGUAAGGAAUAUUUUAACUCAAAGGAAUGCAUUUGGUUCAUAAGUUUAAACAUUUUUACUUCAUUAGGAAUGAAUUUUCUUAAUGUGUUGGAGUUUUAAAAUGAUUUUUAUUAAAUUUCAAAUCUUUGAAUCUCUAGCAAGAGUAAUCUUAAUCUGGCUUGUCAGAAAUGCAGUUCUGUGUUAAGUACAUGAGCAUAUGUGACCCUCCAAAAAUAGCAUCAUUGUGAUGCAGAAUAUAUUGUAAAUUAACUGUUUUGAUUUUUUGUUAUACCUGUAUAAUUAUAUAUACUAAUCUACAAAU